GUGACGUAUUUCCUGCCUUGUCACGCCGCUUGCAGUUUUUUGCGGGAACUCUGGACUUGCAAAGUUUCAAACAUGAAAUGAACUAUGCAGUAGUGAUAAGUUAGAUAUGUAACAGGCGUCAAAUCACCAAUUGUUAUUUUAUCGCGAAGGACAUCAUCGGUUCUCGUCUCUUCUUUUUUGGGCUGUUUUUCUCUCUCCCUCAAGCAGUUGAUUCAGGUGGGAACAUGAGCAAGGCAAAGUCGAGUAGGGACAGAAGGGCCACUCAGACCAGUGUUACCAGAGUUACCCGCAGCUCCAUCAUUGGCCCCCAGGAUUCCCAGCGCAGUAAAGCAUCUGAUUCAGGGUUGGUCAAUGACCUCAGCCUCAUGAGAGUGAGUGAACAGAAGGCUUCAUUAACACGGAAAGGGAAGUCACCCAAGGUCUCUAAUGCCCACCAAAGUUCACCAACCAGCACCGGGCCUUUAGUAACCAUAGGCAGGCUGAUGAAGCUUGGGCGGGUGCGAAACAUUGUGGUAGUGGCCGGAGCGGGUAUCAGCACAGCUAGUGGUAUACCAGACUUCAGGACACCAGAUACAGGUCUUUAUGCCAACCUUGUGAAAUAUGACAUCCCUUACCCAGAGGCCAUCUUCAACAUUGACUACUUCUCCGACAACCCUCAUCCUUUCUUCUCAUUGGCCAAGGAGCUGUACCCCGGUUGCCACCGUCCUAACUAUGUCCACUAUUUCAUCCGUAUGCUGCAUCAGAAGGGUCUGCUGCUCCGCAUGUACACUCAGAACAUUGAUGGACUUGAAAAGGUGUGUGGUAUCCCAGAUGACAAGCUUGUGGAGGCUCAUGGAAGUUUCGCCACUGCUGCCUGUCACCUCUGUUAUACACCAUAUCCUGCAGAGGAGGCCAAGCAAACUAUUAUGAAUGGCAAUGUACCCAUCUGUACAUUUUGUGCUGGGGCGGUCAAACCUAGCGUUGUCUUCUUUGGAGAAGAUCUACCUGAAAAGUACUUUCAGCAUGCUGAGGAUUUCCCAAAAGCAGACCUUCUCAUGAUCAUGGGAACCUCUUUAAAGAUUGAGCCCUUUGCAAGCCUGAUAAACACAGUGAAGUCCACAGUACCUCGUCUGUUGCUGAACCGUGACCCAGUUGGGCCCUUUGAACGGAGGCCCCUGAAGAGGGGGGACUAUAUGGAACUGGGGGAUCUCACUGAUUCUGUCCAAAAACUUGCUGAGAUCCUCGGGUGGCACACAGAGAUCCAAGACCUGAUGUUCAGUCAGGAGAAUGGGUUCAUGAGUUCUUACACAGACCCCAGCAGCAGUGGUGAGAACAGUGACUCCUCAGAGGCCGACAGCAAGAGCUCAGAGUCAUCUGAACCAAGUCACUAAUAUCAACUAUUCUAACACAAAGACCUUCUAUAUGUUUAAAAUGCACAUGGCAUUUGGGGACCUGGCUGUCUCACAGUGAUUUUCAUUAACUCAUUACAUGUGAAUGUGUGUCCUAUGUCAGUUUGUGCAUGUGUGUGUGUUAUUAAUAGUCAGUUUGAUUGUAUUGGUUGCAGUGUCUUUUCCAGACCAGAUAGUUAGUCAUAUCUAACAGUGAUUUCGACAGGCAUGGCUAGGUGUCUGGGGGUCAAGACACUUGCACUCAUUUUUGGCGACUCUUUAUUUCCAAUACAGUUAACAAUAGUUUAUAUUAAGUGCAUUGUGGCUGCUUCUCAUUUUGACUGAAUACCCACUUAUCUGGAGAAUGGAGAUCUUAAAGAUUAUCUGCUCAUGCUGAUUGGAUGGUUAGAACCUUGGACCUAUUUGGAAUGGGGGGCAAAACACUAGCAGAUCAUUUAAAGUUUUGUCACAUUUUAUCAGGACUUGAGCGAGGUAAAAAAAAAAAAAAAACUAGAGACAUGGCACUUUUGUUGUUUUAAUCACAGCUAAUAAUAUAUUUAUCCUGUAUAGAAAAACCUCUGUCAGCACUAUUUACUUUAAUGUGUCUUCAAUUAUCUGUUAUGGCUUAUUUACCAAUCUAAAAACUGUACUCUAAAUUUUAAUGUGUUAUUUGGAAAGAUAUUGUAUAUACUUUAAGAAAGGAAGCAAAGUGCAAGUGCUAUAGUUUGGAUUAGGGGCAAGUUAUGUAGUUUGGGUAUGUAUGCGUGUGUUCGUUAGUUGGGUCAUUGGGGAGCCAGUGAAUCUUGGCUUGGCCCCAGUGAGUGGACAGUGUUAAAUUAGCAUGGGAAGCAUGAGCUCCCAAGUGUCCAGUGCCCCCACUGUGUGUUUUCACAGGCACUGCCACCUCCAAGUGGAAGCUCCCAGCCCCCCAAAGCUCUGAUAAAUGUCUUUGCUCAGCGACAAAGAACUCCAAUAUCCUGCUGGUGUGUUUAAGAUAGUGUGUAUUAGAACAGUUGUGAACAUGAUUUCAUUUUGCACUGCAUCAGUGAAGUAGCUGGUAAUUACAACACUGAUCGGAUAAGUUUGUCUAUCAGGGAUUUUGAUAGGAGUGUGAUGUAUACAUUGUUUUGUGAAAUAUUGACAAAUCCAGAAUGCCUGUUGAAACAUUUGAAUCCAUCAGCAUGUUUUAUUUAUAUUCUGUAUGCAGUUUGUAUUGGUCAGCUGAAAUGAGUGUUUACCAGUUGUCUUCUGAAUGUGUUUUAGAUCAUAGACCUAUUAAGCUUUUUUUUUUUUAAAAUGGGACCAAGUGCGCCUCAAUGUAUGUUUGAUUAUAGUUAAAGCUUGUGUUGUUAACUGUUAACCUUUUGUUCUUUGAAUAUUGAAAAAUGCUUUAUACUGCAUGUUCUUUUACUUAUCACAUGCUGUUUUUAGCAAUUGUGACAUAGUAUUUAAUAAAAAAUAUUCAAGUUUCAA